AUGAAGCGGAAGGAGCAAGGAAGUAAAGGUGAUGAAGCUUCGCAAGGUCAAGCGUUCAUCACAAGGGACAAUCAGCGCAAAGGACGACCAGUGAAGAAGUCCUGGCCGUGCCACAAUUGCGGAAAGAUUGGUCACUGGAUGGCGGAGUGCCCCUCGCGCAUCCAAGAAAACACGGAGAGACACCGGCCACAGCGUGCUCAAGACAGCGGCGACCGCUAUCGAUCACAACGUGCAAACGUCGCUCAAGAAGAAGACUCGGGCGACUACCUUUUUUUGAUCGGUGAAACGACAUCUGCGAAAUCGAGCGACAUCUGGCUGGUCGACUCCGGGGCGACGCAGCACAUGACGUGCUCCAAGAAGUUCAUGCGGAACUACAAGGGGUUUGACGCUGUGGAUGUCCAUCUCGCGGAUGAUGGAAUCGUCCAAGCAAUCGGCAGUGGGGACAUUGUCAUGUCGAUGAAGACACCCCAAGGGAUGAAGAAAGGUGUGCUCACAAACGUGUGGCACAUCCCAAAGUUAUCCAGAAACCUGUUCUCGGUCGGCCGCUUCACCAAGGAUGUCGGCCCAGUGACGUUCACGAAGGAUGGGUGCUAUGGAGAAGCGAAAGGGACCAAGUGGAAAAUUGGUGCCCGUGAAGGUAAAGGACUGUUCAAGCUGCAAAUGACUCCAGUGGCGCCGGAACAAGCAAAUGCAGCCAAGUCGUCGGGAUGUCAAGGGGGCACCAAGUCGUACCUCUGGCACCUUCGGCUUGGCCACAUAGGUCACGAUGGACUCAAUUGCAUCGUGACGAAGAACAUUGGAAUUGGCAUCGACAUAUCUUCGGUAAAGAAGUGGGACGUGUGUGAAGGUUGUGCUCUGGGAAAACAGACUCGAGUGCGCUUCCAAUCAAACACUACAGCUCGCACCUCCAAACUCCUCGAAGUGAUUCACAGCGACGUAUGCGGACCGAUGUCGAUGGCAACUUUCAGUGGAAAACGGUACUUCGUGACAUUCAUCGAUGACAAGUCAAGAUACUGUGUCGUCUAUCUGCUCAAGAGCAAAUCUGAAGUUGCGGCGAAGUUCAUGGAAUACGAUGCGAUGGCCGAAACACAAACCGGAAAGCGCUUGAAGUACCUUCAAAGCGACAAUGGGGGUGAAUACAAGUCCGACAAGCUGGCACGAUUCUGCGCGGAACGGGGAAUACAACAAAGGUUCACAACCCCAUAUACUCCUCAGCUAAACGGAGUAGCUGAGAGAAUGAAUCGCACGCUGGUCGAGUGUGCGCGUUGCAUGAUGGAACACGCUGGACUGGGAAAGAGCUACUGGGGUGAAGCAGUGAUGACGGCGAUGUUUCUUCGAAACCGCUGUCCAACACGUGCCAUUCACCAAGACAAGUCUCCAUAUCAAGUGUGGACGAUGAAGAAAUCGAUUCUGGCCAACCUUAAAGUGUUUGGAUUCCACGCGUAUGUUCAAGUGCCUCAAGACAAACGCGCGAAGUUCGACUCCAAGUCAUCACUCUGUCGUUUCCUGGGAUACGCCGAACACCAGAAGUCAUAUCGAUUUGAGGAAGUGUCAACAGGAGCGAUCAAGAUCAGUCGCGAUGCCACAUUCAUGGAAGACAAGUUUGAUGAAAGUCCGCGCAACUACAACGAUGAGUCAAGUGCCGUUGAGUUUGAUGAUCAAGACGAGGACGAAGAAAAAGAAGAAGGUAAAACUGACGUCGACAUGGACUCGAGCGACGAUGACAACGAAGACACCAGGUCUUCGAAGAGCAACAUCAAGAGACACACGCGCACUCAAUCACUCGAGAAAGCUACCGUCAUUUCAAGUCCCAAGCGAAGAACGUACAGAGGUCCGUCGCUUGAGCAUGUGUCAGCGGCUGCAAUGGAUUUUGAAGCAGCCUACAUCGUUGAUUCAGUGGGGGAAACGCCGACUACAUUCAAGUCGGCGAUGGAAUCAAGCGACUCCGGCAAGUGGAAAGAAGCGUGUGACUCGGAGUUCGACUCGCUUCAGAGAAACGACACGUGGGAAAUCGUGCAUCUUCCGAAAGGUCGCAAGGCCAUCGGGUGCCGAUGGGUUUUUCGUGUAAAGGAGAAUCAAGAUGGCGAAGUUGAACGUUUCAAGGCAAGACUUGUGGCCAAAGGAUUCUCACAGAAAUUCGGAGUUGACUAUGAAGAAACUUUCGCACCGGUGGCCAAGUUCACAUCGAUUCGUGUGGUGCUCAGUAUGGCGGCCAAGUACGGCCUAAUGCUACAUCAGAUGGACGUCAAGACAGCGUUUCUUAACGGCUCCCUCAACGAAGACAUCUACAUGGACCAGCCGGACGGAUACCUGGAUGCAACACAGCCGGACUAUGUGUGCAAGCUAAAGAGAUCACUCUACGGCUUGAAGCAAUCGCCUCGCAUGUGA